AUGCGUCGUUCCACUGAAGAUCAGUGUGCAUCCUAUAUCUCAGGCGGUGUUUGUGAAGGAGACAGCAAUUUUUUUUUCUGUUGGGCACAAGGGCAGACUACCCUCAAGAUCACGUGGCGUAAGCUUGGAGGUACUCUGUCUGAUGCUACUGUAAAAGAUGGUAUGCUCCGAUUCAACAGCAUACAAAGGUCACAUAUUGGGUCGUACAUAUGUUCAGCUAACACAGGUCUUGGCAGUCUGGAGGCUUUCAGCACUUUACAAGUAAAAGAGCCACCGACAUUUGUCAAGAAACUACCACCUUUCCUUAUCCUAGAUGAACGCUCCGCUUAUUGUGAUAUCACGGCAAGUCUUAAGGGAUGGAUUCUUAUAGCUCGAUUCUCUAACAGUGACAGUAAGAACUGGAUGCGUAACGAUGGCAACUGGUGGUAUGACCAACAAGCUGCUAUUGGAACAACUAACAACCCUUCAGAGAACAACGAUGUGAUCUCACCAGCCUUUUGGUCGCUUAGCGGCAGAGAAAUAAAGAUCACACGCAGUGACGACCCGAGCCACACCCUUCUGUUGCAGACCACGGGCAGCUGUUUGGGUGGACAAACAUUCCGAUCGAAAAUCACAAGUUAUGGCGACUUUAGAAAUGGCAAAGUCGGGGCCAGUGAUCGAUGUCUAGGAAAUUGUACGGUUCAAUAUGGCGGACAGCACAAGUCAACAGACGGGUUUCAACAGGCUGAGUACAGUGGAAACGUCGAAAGUGCUGACAAGAUCGGCUUCUGUUGUGACUGGGGUAGUGGUGAUGGAUCGGUGAUGAUGAUUGGUGGAGGAGGAAAAAGCUGUAAGCGUGCUGAUCAUGGGAUUGGAAUUACAGAAACUAACGCUGCUUCUUUUCUUGACAACGGAUCCAGUGAGACUGAAUAUGACUUUGGUUAUAAUGCUAACACAGGAAACGCUCCAUCCCAGUCCUACUCAUUGAACUUAUGGAUCCGUUGA